AUGUCGUUUCUAUCCAGUUCCCGGUUGUAUGGUCUAACCAUCGCUAGCACCAUACUCGGUCUGAUUGCCUACUCUCGCAUCAUAUUCUUUAGCACAGACUUGGUCCCGUCUUGUCUGGGGAAGCGCUCCACCUCUGCCAUCAUCCUGGCAUCCAUCUCCACCUUUACUCAUUCCCCGAUCUCGUGGUUCCAUCAGCUCAUCUCGACGUCGCAGUCGCAGUCGCCAUCGCCAUCGCCUUCGCCAUUGCCUUCAUCAUCUGCCAGCAUGGCUGCGGUCACAGUCCCCGAGCGGGCGCGCAGGUCCAGUCUUGGUGGCGAUCUCCUGGCCAAAUUGCCUAACGCCGUCAUCGUCCGGAUCUUCGAGGCCACUGCCGAUAUUUCCAAAAGCGACAUCUGCAGCGUCUCCCGCUUGAAUCGUCGCUACCACACCUUGGCCGACGCUGUUCUCUACAAAACGGUUCGCUUCCUUACACCAGAGCUUCAUCUCAUUUUUGGUCAAUCUCUCAGCCGCAGACCCCGUCGCGGAUCAGCUAUUCAUGAAAUUAAGCUCGCCUACCCAGCAUCACAACUUUCUGACGUCGUAUCCAAGCUGCCAAUCAAUGGUGCUAGGGACUCAUACGACAAGACGCUGCCCUUUGACAAUCUGUCCCGGACAAUCUCUACAAUGUCCAACCUUGUCACUCUGGACAUUGCGGUUCCCGAGGCCUUGCUACACGGUAUCGGCCAGCUCUUCAAUGGCCCAUUCGACUUGGCCUGCCUCCAAACGUGCACCCUUUUUUAUCAGUGCCCCGACGAUCAAUUUUGGGAUCUACAGGAGAACAUACACAUCUUCGCCCACCCUACCCUGGAAACACUGGUCAUUCGAAAGGCCCGUCUAGGCGACAAGCCAUUCGACCUGCCAGAACGUCCCGAACAGACUGGUCUCAAAAGACUACAUUUGAUUGACUGCGACAUCAGCGAUGACGGCCUGUUUGAUCUGAUGCACCACCCAGCAGGGUUGACCGAAUUUGUCAUGACACAGUCUCCAGAACCGGGUCCAGACCUGGAGGAGACGUCAGACAGUAUUAGAGACUACAUCAUUGCAAUUGGGCCGCAAUGCCACUCUCUCGAAACCAUUACUGUGGAUCACCCCCUACUCCGAGAUCGAAGAGCUCUCUCCAUGAGGCAAUUCGCUAAGCUCAAGACUCUUCGCCUCAAUUGGGACCAUCAGCUCUUUGGCCACUCGUCAAAGAAACCUCGUCUUACGUCCGUCGGCAUGCCACCUGAGCUCGAGACCCUCGAGUUCUUUAAUCAGCUGGGCACCGAUGAUGAGGUCACAGAUCUCUUCGUGGCGAUGCUGCAGAACCUGAGCAUCAUGGCCCGCAAGCUGACGCAUCUCAUCGUCAUGGAGAGCGAAGAGGAUGAGAAGCCCGUCCCAAAGGAGGUGGAGGAAGCGUGCAAGACGCAGUCACAGCUUCGCGUGGACAUUAUUGGGCGGAUGGACACUGUGGAUUGUGGAGAUGAUGUAGUAGAGGGUGACAAGCCGGACUCGGCAUGA